GGAGCUCCGCCUUUCCGCCCAUCCGCCAAUGAGAAGCCGAGAAACUGUUUGGGCGGAAACUAACCCGGAAGUGGAAAAAAACGAAAACAAACUUGUGGAGGAGGAACACGUCAUUUGUAAAUAAAGGCGCUACAGUCGGUUCCUCUAGAAUUAGUUUGACUCAAAUUUAUUUUUAUGCAGUAAAUAAGAAGUUUGAUAACAAAAUGGAGAGAAACGUGGAUGGAAUCGUAGCCACAGAGCGCUACGGCAGCGCCGAGUCCUGGAAGUACGUGGUGGUUCAGGACGGAGUGAUGGAACGGAGGAAGGAUGGAACGAGCAGCUUCUCUCUAGUUGGAGUUUUCAAAAGUGUUUUUCUGCCUCAGGGUUACCCGGAAAGCGUCAGUGAGGAUUACCUGCAGUAUCAGUUUUGGGACACCCUGCAGGCGUUUGCCAGCACCCUGUCAUGGACUCUGGUCACUCAGGCUUCCCUCAAAGGUGUAGGUGUUGGAAACCAGGAUGCUACUGUUGCUGCAGCCACAGUUACAUGGAUAUUAAGAGAUGGGACUGGAAUGUUGGGAAGAAUCCUCUUCGCCUGGCAGAAGGGGAGUAAGCUGGACUCUGAGGCUAAAAAAUGGAGGCUGUUUGCUGACGUUCUCAAUGACAUCGCCAUGUUCAUAGAGAUCUUGGCUCCUUUCUUCCCUUCCUUCUUCACGUUGAUUGUGUGCACUGCAGGAGUCUUCAAGUCCAUCGUUGGAGUCGCUGGAGGUGCAACCAGAGCUGCUCUGACGGUUCAUCAGGCUCGCAGGGACAACAUGGCCGACAUCUCUGCCAAAGAUGGCAGUCAGGAGACUUUGGUGAAUUUAGCCGGACUUGUCGUUAGUUUGAUACUUAUUCCCCUCAUCACUGAUAAUUUCUCGUUGAGUCUCGGUCUCUUCUUCCUCUUCACCAUCCUUCAUCUUUUUGCGAACUACAAGGCUGUGCGGUCCGUUGUCAUGGAAACCUUCAACCAAGCCCGACUGUCAAUCGUGCUGCAGCAAUACCUGAAGGAAAAACGCAUCCUGAGUCCAGCCGAGGCCAAUCAAAGAGAGCCAGUUUUCUUGGAGUUAAAAAAAAACACACCGAUCAAGCUGGGAGUGAAGCUGCAGGAUGUUGUACAGAGCCCUGAAGAAUUCAAUUUGGCUUUGAGCAAUAACUCCAUGCCUUACCUCUUGGGAGUCAGAAAUGGUUGUGUUUGCGUUUGUCUGGGAGCUGCGGCAUCCGUGCACGAUGAGAUCAGAGCAGCGUGUCAGGCGUUGUGGCUCAGCAAUAUGUUGAGUUCUCCUUCAUCCACUCAGCAUCUCCAAACAAACACAAAAAGUUUGUGGGAAAUGGUGCAGAAAAGUCAAGAGGUCAUUGAUGCUCAUUUCCAGGCAUUUCUCAAAGGUGUGGAAGCUGCAGGAUGGGACACAAAACGAACUCUGCUUAACUGGGACGAGUGGAGAGCAGAGUGGAAAAGAAAAAGCAGCUGAUUAUUUUAAUCACCUGUGGAAUAAAAAAUAAUUGUUUUUUUUAUCUUAAUUUUUUACGACUUUCACAUAAAAAAUAAGUAAAAAUUGUGUUUUGUUUUUUUAAAUAAUUUUUUUUGUUUGUCAAUAAAGAGAUUAUUGACCAGA